UGGAGAGGAUACAGACAGUAAAACCAGUCUGUUCUCGAUCGUUGGACGUCGCUGACCACUUGAAGGGUGUCAUUGUGCUGCGUAUAUAAAAGAAAAACACUUUGCAAACGGAGAAUUUUCCAAUAUUAUAUGAAUAUCGGUGCAGACAGAAUUUGAACGAAUCAAAAAAUUAUUUCUAAUUUGUUUCCCGACGUUUGCAGAUGACAAGAAAGUUCAAGAGCUGUUUUAUUAUGUCGCAACGGCAACUUGCGUUGGUUUUGUGUAUCUGCACAAAUUUCACAGUGAUACUGUGUGCCUCUUCAUCAUUUUCCAAAUCUAAUGAAAAUAUUAGCCACAUUCUUCCCGCCUAUGCCAUCGCCGAGAGAGCUCAUUUGCUCAAUUCGUCGACAUGUAGAAGAGAACUACAGGACUUCCGAAACGCCGUCGACCAACGCAUUCUGUGGAGCUUAAAGAUUUUAGAUUCAAGCGGAAAACCUACAUCAGGUUUUCUUUAUGGAAAUAACUUCUGGUUAGGUGUCCGUAGUCAGUGCCUCGAUGCAAUGAACAAGAAUCCUUUGCAAAUCUCGGAGAAGGCGUUGUUAAACAAUACACUGUACCGUGAUCCGGAAAAGGAGUUCCCGCCUUUUCAAGUCAAUUAUUUCGUUGCUUACUUUAGACACAACAGCACACUGCAAUAUCACAUUCAAGCGCCAAAGGAAGAUUUGAUCACACUUGGGCUCUGUUUACCAGCAUCUUGCGCUGUAACUGAUAUAACUUUCGUUCUGGAGAGAAUAUUUCGCGACAGAGUUCUUCAAAUUGGUGAUCUUUAUUCCAUGGAUUUUAAACUGAUCGAAGUUACAGACUUGAAAAACGAUCAUCAACAGCUAUUUACUGGUGCAAUACUUAUUAUAUUUUUUUUAGUGCUUACUGUUUUUAUAAUGAUAAUUGGAACAAUAUACGAUAUAUUUGUGCAUCAAAGACACUUUACUGACAAGAGUAAAAACAUUGUUGGUACGCAACAUGUAGAAGAAACAAAAAUGGCAUCUUCGUUCUGGCAUCGAGAAAGUAAAAUUGGACAAAUAGUGAGGUGUUUUUCCGUUUAUACAAACACGAAAAUAAUAUUUAACACAAAACUGGGAGCGAACGGAAUACCCAUUAUUCAUGGUUUAAAAUUUUUGACCAUGAGUUGGAUAAUCAUGGUCCACACCAUGAUAUAUUCAAUAGACUAUAUUGAUAAUAAACCGAUGUUCAUGAGAAUCUCUAAAGGAGUUUUCGUUCAAAUAUUGAGCAAUGCGAAUAUAUCGGUUGAUACAUUUUUUUUCCUAAGUGGAUUUUUAUUGGUGUACUUGUAUAUGAGGAACCAUGCGGACGAAGAACGGAAAAAGCUAAUUAAUUGCAGAUCGAAGCUAAAUGGAUUCUUUGUCUUUAUAAUAAAGAGAUUUAUCCGGCUUACACCGGCGUAUAUGAUGAUAAUAGGAAUAACACAAUUAGAUUUGUUCUCGUAUGAUAAAAAUUCAAUAUUUUACACAUAUGAAAGACCACACGAAACUUGCGCAAAAUACUGGUGGACUAAUAUUUUAUACAUAAAUAAUUUUUACGAUUUCCAUAACAUGUGUAUGUCUUGGAGCUGGUAUCUGGCCAGUGAUAUGCAAUUCUACAUCAUUGGCCUAGCUUUAUUGAUUUUAUCGACCGUAUAUUUGUACUGGACUAUUAUUAUAUUGUGUGCGCUUUUAAUUGGAUCGAUUGUAUUUUCUGGUUAUAUUUCAUAUGUUUAUGAAUUUGUUCCGACAUUGGACGAAUUAUUUAAACUUUCAAACAUUAUUUACUUUCCACCAUGGGUUAGAAUCAGUCCCUAUAUUAUUGGGAUGCUUACCGGAUUUCUUAUAAUACGAUUAAAUAAAACGUUAGUUUUAAAAAAGAGGACAUUAAUUUUAUGUUGGUGCUUUGGAAGCAUCUGUAACAUACUCGUAUUGUUUGGUCUCUAUGAACGACACAUUUCUGUUCUGUCUACUGCCAUAUAUGUUGCGUUAAGUAAACCAUUUUGGGCUAUAGGACUAGCUUGGAUCUUAAUAGCAUGUCUCACUAAAAACGGAGGUAUCGUUAAUCAGUUGUUGUCAUUCAGAAGUUGGAUACCUUUCAGCAGGCUCACGUAUUGCGCUUAUCUUUUAAAUCCCUUCAUCAUACAGACUUUUCAGUCAAACAGUGAGACUUCUAAGCACAUUGAUGUUGCGCCAAAUAUUAUCAUAUAUUUUGGGAACUUGAUGUUUAGUUAUUUUUGCGCUUACAUACUGUCGUUGAUGACAGAAACGCCUUACAUCUUGCUAACGCAAAUAUUUAUCAAAUUUUGGGGAAGAAGAGAAUAUAAGUCUCGCAAGAUUAUAAUAUCUCAGACAAAAGUGUGAGUUAUUACGUGUGACAAAGAUAAAGUAUUGUGUGUAUGUACACGCUGUUGCUGAAUCACGCGCGUGUGAGCUUUUUAAUAACAUUAUUUCCAUUUCCUUCCCAACUGCCAUUUUAAAACUUAAAUCUCUCUUGUUCUCUGAUAGAUCGAAUUCUUGAAAGAGAUCUUGACAAUAUGUAAAAAAAAUAAGUAUAGUGAGAGAUAAAAAUAUCGCGUAUGAAAUUGUGAGCUACGAUGACAGCGUAACUUGAUAUUAUAAAGAUGUACGUGUAAUUAUUGAAUCGAAUGCUUUUUAAUUAGUUGUUAAUAGUAUCAUUUUUCAAUAAAAA